UGCGACUGGAGCGGCGUGUGAUUCGUGUUACGUUCCGUCCCGUACGUGUUUUUUCACACCGCGGUCGAAGACUCUGCGUGUGCGACGCGUCCGCGUGGCUCACGGUUUCUCUUUUCUUUUCUCUUACUUUUAUUUCGCGUCAUCAUUAAAACGGCGCCGCGCCGGAUUGUUGUGAAACGCAGCAAGUGACGCGCGGCAGUUACUGGCAGUUACCGGACGUUAUCGAAAGUGACGCAGUGACGCGUUCGGUAAAGGCGGAGUGGUGUUCUAGUGUUACACUUUAUUGUGCCAAGCAUCGGUUUCUUCCCUCUCGUUCGACGGUCCCUCGCAUUCCAGUUUACAAUCACUCUCUUUCUCUUUCUCUUUCUCUCUCUCGCUCUCUCUCUUUCUCUUUCUCUUUCUCUCGACGAACUCCUUCGCCGCACCACUCGAAAACUUGGACCCUGUCGCGGCCGGAAAGAGCGUUUCUUCGGAAACUUUUGUGGCGGACGAUUACUCCGAUUACUCGCUCAGUGGUGAGGACUGGUGAGGACACUCGGUGUAACUCGACGCGCAUUCGUCGACCAUCCGAUUGGCUCUGUCUUCUCGGAAUGACGAUCAGUGGCAGCGAUGAUGAGGCUUGAAAGUUACCGUUGAUUUGUCGGACAUCCUGCAGGGCCAUUUGUUUCCAGGAUGAGCGCGUCGCUGCGGAUUUUGGCUCUGAUCAGCUUUGCCGCGCAAAAUGUGGCUUGGCCACAGGAUCCCAUUCCUAGACUGCACCUCAAACAUCGUGAGGUGAUUGGCCAGCGGUUUCUAGGAAAUGAAAGCCAUGUGGAGCACUUCAAACUCUUGGAACGUGCGACAACCUCUAUCCUGAUUGGUGCCAGGAACGCCAUUUACAACAUAAGUCUGCACGACCUAACGGAGAUCGCCGACCAGAGAUUGCAAUGGUCCAGCACUGUGGCACAUCGCGAGCUUUGUUACUUGAAGGGCCGCAGCGACGACGAGUGCCAGAACUAUGUGCGAGUGUUCGGCAGGCAAGGCCCUGAUCGCUUUCUCGUUUGCGGUACAAACGCCUACAAACCGCUCUGCAGACAAUUCACGAUCAAGGAUGGAGCGUACGUGAAACAGAGCGACAUGGAUGGUUUAGGACUCUGUCCUUACGAUCCGCGGCACAAUAGCACAGCGGUUUUUGCCGAGGGACAGUUAUACGCAGCGACGGUGGCUGACUUCUCUGGCGGAGAGCCGCUGAUUCACAGAGACAAAAUUCGCACCGAACGCUCGGAUCUCAAUCAGUUGAAUGGUCCAAACUUUGUCAGCACAUUCGCAUAUCAAGAUUAUGUAUUCUUCUUCUAUCGUGAAACAGCCGUAGAAUACAUGAAUUGCGGAAAGUCAGUCUACUCACGAGUUGGAAGAGUCUGUCAGCACGAUAAAGGCGGGCCACACGCAUUUAGCGACAGAUGGACGAGUUUCCUGAAAGCGAGGCUCAACUGUUCGGUACCAGGAGAGUACCCCUUCUAUUUCAACGAAAUACAGUCAACGAGCGAUGUUACGGAUGGUCGAUACGCGGGGAAGUCUGCGCGUUUGGUGUAUGGAGUUUUCACGACCCCAGUGAACUCCAUUGGCGGCUCAGCUAUUUGUGCAUUCUCUAUGGACAACAUUCUCGAGGUCUUCCAGGGUGCUUUCAAAGAGCAAGAGACUAUAAACAGCAACUGGCUGCGAGUACUUCAGGAAAAGGUACCUGAACCCAGACCCGGUGCCUGCGUUAACGAUUCCAGAACACUUCCGGACAUUACUGUUAAUUUCGUCAAGGCACACCCCCUCAUGGAUGACGCUGUGCAAUCUUACUUUUCAUUACCUGUGAUAACUAAAACCAGUUUUAAUUAUAGAUUUACCAAAGUUGCGGUAGAUCCUCAAGUAAAGGCUUUGGAUGGUAAAGCUUACGAUAUACUCUAUAUUGGAACAGAUGAUGGCCGCGUUUUGAAAGCACUUAACACACGUGCACCAGAAUCAUACGACAAUGUUGGUCAAGUUAUUGUCAGUGACGUCCAAGUGUUAAAAUUUGGUCAAGCGGUCAAAGAUCUUUUGGUAGUUCAUUUAGCUGGCGAAGCAAGUAAACUAGUGGUGUUUGCGGACUCUGAGAUCCGCGCAGUUCCCUUACAUCAUUGUGACUCACCUGCUGCGGCUACUUGCAGAUCUUGUGUCGCCUUACAAGAUCCUCAUUGCGCCUGGGAUGCGACUGCGAAUCUCUGCGUGGCGGUACUAACGAAACUCCACGACAACGACGCCGACAAGACACUGUUUCAAGAUAUCCCGACCGGUAGACACAGAAGCUGCGGGCACGAGCCAGAGGUAACGAAGUCCGUCCAACCAGCGGUGGCGCGCGAAAUUGGACGCGAAGAACCCGAUGGGGAGAAUGAAAUCAUCAUCGAAUUGGAUCGAGAAAAUCAGUAUGGUCGUACACAGCCAAGGGCUAAUGAGCCUCAAGGCGUGACCGUAACACCGGUAGUAUAUUCGGCCCAAACAUUAACGGGUGCACUAAUAGGGACCUGUUUCUGUUCUCUGGUGGCUGGUUUCGCCUUUGGUUUCUGGUUCUCUCAGAGAUUACGCGGGUCUUCAUACCCAGAACCCUCCGAGCAACGACAACAACUCAAUCGACUAACAGAGAGCUCGGAGUCGCCUGGAUUCAACAACAAGUCCAUCAAUCUCGUGCUGAAUGUGCCGCCCAAGAAUCCAAAUGGCAAGAACGCGAAUUCGUCCGCGGAAAACAAGCCAGUACAAAAGGUGAAGAAAACGUAUAUAUGAUACAGAAGGCGACAC